AUGGCGCACACCUAUAAACUUCUGGGCCUGGCUGAGAUGGGACUGAAGUGUGACCAGGAGAUAGAAAGGAGAUAUGAGAUUGUGCCCUCGGUGGUCUGCUCCAUGUGCUGCCUUUUUGGGAUAAUCUACUGCUUCUUUGGCUAUCGAUGCUUCAAGGCCGUGUUGUUCCUCACAGGCCUCAUGUUCGGCUCUGUGGUCAUCUUCAUGCUGUGCUACAAGGAGAGGGUGAUGGACACUCAGCUCAGCGUUGAGGCAUCAGUGGGCAUUGGCCUGGGCAUCGGAACCCUGUGUGGCCUUGUGACCAUGUUGGUCCGCAGUGUGGGUCUGUUUAUGGUGGGCCUUCUGCUGGGCCUGCUGGUCGGAGUGGCUUCACUGGUGACAAUGGAGGAGUUCUACCACCCGAGAACAGUGUGGGUUCCCCUGGGUAUCCUCCUGGGCUCUGGGACUUUAUUUGCCGUCCUCACUCUUCAGUGGCAGCGCUGCUUUGUCACCUUGUCCACAGCCACAUUUGGCUCUGCCAUCAUCACCGUCACCGUGGAUUACUUUAUAGAGCUGUUUGCCUUGGUACACUACAUCUACGAGAGACUCAGGGUGGCGCCCAAGAGGCAGGUGUGCUGGUUUACCUGGGUCAUCUUGGGGGUGUGGCCUGUCCUGGCCUUACUGGGAGUGCUGAUCCAGUGGAAAGUCACUGCAGAAGGGUUUUCUCACACAGAAGUGGUUCUAAGCCGACAGCAACGGAGGGUCCAGCUCAUGCGGAUCAAACAGCGGGAAGAGCGGCUGAAAAAAGAGAAGGAGAACAAGAAGAAGAAGAAACGACAGACCCAGAAGACCAGCCAAAAGCCAAAAGCCCAUGUCCAUCAUCACCAUCAUCACCAGCAGUACCACCAUCCAGCGGCAUCCCAUCCUCAUCACCAAGCCCAGAGUGCUCAGCCUCCCAAAGUCCCUCCUCCCCAGACUGAGCCUGGCUACCACCGAAAAUCCAACCCCAAGAGACGCUUUGAUGGAGACGUGCUGUCACCGAGCUACAUCAGGAGCUUCAGGGACAGACAAACAGACAGACGAGCAUACUCCCACAGUCGAAUGAUGAGCCGCUCCAGGAUGGGUGAACUUGACUACGACUGUGGCUCUCAAGUGCCCCUCACAGCCGCCAAUGGAGCUCCAGUCCGUAUCUGAGACAGCGAAAUGCACACACGCCAACUGUACAACAAACAAAAAUCGCACAAGGAUACUUUAUUCUUCUUUUUCACAGAAAGGAGUUGGAAACUUUACCUUGACCGUGCCAAUAUUCAACUGCCUAUCAACCAACUGAAACUUCCUAUGCCUCCAAGGUGGUUUGUCUAAGUCCUGCACUGUUAUGGUUGUUGUUUCAUCCAGUUCUGUACUGUUUGAAUGUCAAGACUCAAGAGAAGACCCCCUUUCUUUCGGCUGGAGCAAGAGCUAGUCACUGUUCAUAAGGAUGUGAAUCUUAAACACUAUGAGUCAUCGCAGACUAUGUUUGACAUCAGGCCUCUUGUGUAAUUACUCAUAGGCCUAUCAGGUCAAUCCACUGAAUUAUCUCUUUGAUGGUUUGAAUUUUAAAAAAUGGUUGCUUUAAGCCAUAAAAAGCAAUUUCCAGAAAAACUGUGGCAAAGAAGGAUCAGUUCAUAACACGCCAUUUCAAAAUGCAACUUACGUGGAGUCAAGGUAGCACUGCCCUCAAAUAAACCUUGAAAACACUUUUAAGACCUAAUCUAAGCAAUUUUCCUCAAGGAUUCCAUUUAGAGAAGGACACUACAAAAAACUCAGCUAAUACUGCAACAGAACGGCAGCUCUGCUCCAUCGUUUUCUCCACUGAGAAGUCACUGCAUGGCGUCAGGUGUCUAUCAAGUCAACAUGUUGUCUCCACAGUCUGUGUGGGAAUCCAGAAAGUCCUCUAUUUCUCCUACAUGACAGGGAUGUUUUUCAGGUUUUUAAUGAAUCAAACAGUUUACACCGAAGACAGUUUUUAUGUUUCUCCUCAGCGAACGCUCCACGUCAUUGCCUGCAUUUUCUGCUUACCUCUCAUCACUUCCCUCUGCCUGCUGGCAGCAAAUGUCUUAACCAAGGACCCAAGCAGGAGACACAUCUUUACCUUCCCUCAUUUUCCUGAAUUUUAACAUUACAAGCUACUGUUGGUAUUUCAUUUGACACAUCCCUUUCCCUCUUCUUAUCUCAAGAAACAAUCUAUAUUUGCAUAAUUUGUCUAAUCAAACAAACAAGAAACUGCUGUCUGAUACAGGUCACCACGGAAUUGACAAAAUAAAUCUCUUUAAUGGUUUUGGGGGGAACAAACAUGGCAGAAAAAAUGUCAAAUUCAGUGUGUUUGCAUGUGUGGACAUACUAGCCCUCUGGCAAGUGAUGGAUUGUACCAAAUGUUGGCCAGGGAGAGGGGGGUUCAUUAUAAUGUAUGUAGAACAUGCUGUAUUUCCUUCCUCCUUGUCUGCCAGUGUACCAGCCUGGUUGAAAAUGUGAAUCUAGGUUUUGAUAACAUGCUAAGUGAUGAAAUGUAGAAGGUUUGAUGAGAAGAUACUGUCGUGUAGAGGGUGAGACAUAGAGAGAAAAUGAAAGCAUUUGCAAAUGGCACCCUCUAAUGUUUACUACUGGACCUUCUUUUUUCUAGACCUGCUGUUGAUGUGUGCAUAUGUUUGUGUGUACAUGCAUUUGCCUGUGAUUUGCUUUUCAAUUCCAAUAUGCUCAUUUACAUUGUUGCAUUCAACAUCCAGAAAUGUGAAAGGGUUAGAUUUUAUUUAGGAAGUAUAAUCAAUACAAAGGAACUUUUUUCUUGUUUUUGUUGAACCUCUGUAGGUAAUGUAGUUCCUCACAAUAAACGCUCUUACCACUAACAAUAUCACAGUUAAAGUCAAAAACCACAGAUAGAUGACCAAAAAACACAAAAGUGAAGGAAUGUACUAAAAUUCCACUAAAAACAGAGAUGUGUUGAUGACUUGGGACAGUACCUAUUUAUAGAUUUGACAUCCUGAGGUUGACAUCCUAAAGUUUAACCACAUGAUUUAACAUCCUGCGGUUUAAAUGAACACAAAGACUUCACAGCUCUGUUUUUAAAUACCUGAUGUGAUGGACUUGGCACUGGAGGACCAAUCAUUCUUAACAUAACCCGUUACUGCAUGAGAAACCUUGUGUAAUUGUUUCCUAUGUGUCAAUGUUUCAGUGUGUCUCUGUCGUCAUGUGAAAACCUCAGACAGUUUUAUUUCGUUGGUCCCAGUAUGCAUAAAACAUGAUCUAAAUAGACUUAAAGAAGUCAAAGUUGUGGAAGUAUGCAAGGCUGAAGUGGGACAUGUUUCAAUAUCAACUGUCUGCUGUAGAGGAACAUCAAAACCUCAAUGUUAACAGUGACCUCAGUGCAGUUUGUAACAUUUCUUGUAAAACAUUGUGAAUCUUGUGAGGACCAACUCUAAUCUGUUCUGCCACAGUAAAUAACUAAAGGACUUUCUCUUCUUUUCUUUUCUCCUCUCCUCACUCUGUUUACACCGUCCAGCUAAAGGGCUUUCAAGAAGCAUUUAAAGCGUUACCCCCGUUACUAAAAGCAUUGAACUGAGUCACCUUCUGUUUUUCUGUCUAUGUUACUACAGUAAAGGUUUCUAGUAGUGGCAGUGCAAGUGUUAUUUGGGGUUUUGUUUAUACUUCUAUAUUUUGUUCUAUUUUUGUCGGUUUACUGCACUAACCGCACUAACAAUAACAAAGGUUAUUUAUUCAGUGCUUCACAUGGUAAACAACUGAUUCCAACAUGUGAGGACUGAAGAAGAUGACAUCAUACAACAAAGAACUAAUACAGAAAUAGAAUCAAUCCAAACC